CCCCACCCACUCACCUCUGUAGUUUCCGCGUUCACCUGUUACCGGCCGCUCCUCCCUCUCCCUCUCUUUGCCCCCAUGUCCGAGCCCGGACCCGCUGCCCCCGCCUGCCCGGCCGCUGGAGCCGAGGAUGGGGAUCGCGAUGCCGCAGCGAGCGGCGCCUGUCCCGUCCACGGAGCCCCGGCCGGCAGCGAACAGCUCGGCACCGGCACCGGCACCGGGCAGGCGGCGGAGCGCAUGAGGAAUAAACUGGUUGACGUCUGUGAGAAGCUGCAGCUGAGGAUAGCUUCAGUGACCAGGUUCGAGGCAGAUACUCUGAACAGUAAAGACCACAACGUUAAGGCAAAGGCGAGCGAGUCCAGGGAGCUGAUCAUCCAUCGUGUGAACUUCAUCCGCGAGGUGUGUGAGAAUGAGGAGCAGCAACUGCUGGAUGUUAUCCAUGAUGAGGAGGAGCGAGUCCAACAGAGCGUCCUAACACAAAAAACCUACUGGGCGGAGGCGCACCACAAGCUGACGGACAUUAAAAAGUACCUGGUGGACAUGCUGACCAAAAUGGACGAUGUUGCACUUAUGGAACAACAGAAGGAAAUACUUGAAAAAGCAGAGGAAGCAGAAGGGAUCCUGGAACCUAAGGACUCGAACAAGCUGAACUUCAACCUUGCCUGUGGUCGCAGUAAUCUCCUCAGUAGCCUGUGGGCAUCUGCGACCAUGCUCUGCAUGGCAGGUGCCGAAGAUGUUCACGUUGAUGAGAAAACGUUGCACCCAUCCUUGGUAUUAUCCGAAAAUAAAAAGCGAUUGACCUAUGCAAGCAAGAGGGUGCAUUUGUACCCAGACGGUCCUGAACGCUUCGACCACUGGCCCAAUGCUCUGGGACUGGAGUCUUUCCAAAGUGGACUCCACACCUGGAGGGUGGAUGUGGAGAGGAGCUGUGCCUACAAAGUAGGGCUGGCAUCCGACUGCCUUGCCCGUAAAGGUGCUGGCAAUGAAUGCCGGCUGGGAUAUAACCCGUCUUCCUGGGUCUUCUCCCGGUACGAUGAAGAAUACACAGUUGCCCACGAUGGGCAGGUGAAGCGACUGGAUCUGUUGAGGCGUCCAACAGCCAUUGGUGUGCUUGUAGACUACGAUGGAGGUGAAAUCCUCUUCUAUGACCCUGACACCUGUGCCAUACUACAGAGUUACAGAACAAAGUUCACCCAUCCCAUACACGCGGCCUUGGGUGUAGUAGAUGAAAGUAUCUCAAUCAUCUAGAAGCAUGUUUGUGGAUCGCAGGAUCAAAUUCUCACCUAAUAUUUUGGCCCUGGAAUACCCCUAUUCUAGGACUACACUACAGUGGUAUAGACUGGACAUCAACAUCUGUGCCAAAAAUGGGUUCAACUGCCCCCAAACGGAGUCAUCAACAUACUGAUGUUUCAUUCCUGGGUCAGAGUUUGGAUAAGAUGUUGACCGUUUAGGAAAAGUUGGGUAACUGGGAUUUGCUUCAGUUGUUUUCUGAUCUUGUUUGCCUUUAGAAAAAAAAACUAUUUCCUUGUGAGUGUAAUUGUAAAUAAAAUUCAUACUUGGGAGUUGGUGCUUUGGCCAGCCUAGGAUUUCCUCAUGGCCCAUGGUUCUCUUGAGGAGAAGCUGGAGAGGUGCCUUAUUGAACUGUGUAUGAAGGAACUGCAGAUGCUGGUUUACACCAAAGAUAGACACAAAAAGCUGGAGUCACUCAGUGGGUCA